AUGACACGGCCAGAGACUAUUAUUCCAGAGAAACCUACUAGUCCAUAUCCAAUCCACACCACGGCACCCAUCAUAUCUGGUUUUGGUCGUGGUUCCUCGGAACUUGGGAUCCCCACGGCAAAUAUUCCCAUCAAUGCACAAUUGAAUUCGCUUCCAACAGGUAUAUAUUACGGAUGGUGUAAGAUCCAUCCAGUCUCUGACCAAAACGACGAGACAAGGACGCGACCUGAUGGACAACUGAUCUUAUUCAAUCAUGGUAAUAAGCUUCAGGCAAAUGAAUUGGUGGUACAUCCCAUGGUGAUGUCGAUUGGAUGGAACCCCUUUUAUCAGAACAAGGAAAAAGCAGCAGAAAUCCACAUCAUGUCCAAGUUUGAACGCGAUUUCUAUGGCGCCGAGUUAGAAUUCAUUGUGUUGGGAUAUGUAAGACCAGAAUUAGACUAUACAACAAAGGAAGCAUUGAUUGAAGAUAUCUUAACAGAUAUUAGGAUAUCAAGGGACAUUUUGGAGAACAAAGAGGAGUACACAAAGUACAAAAAGGAAUUGGAGUAG